AUGAAUCGCUUCCGCAAGAACAAGAAGGUCAAGGAGACCUUGGACGACCUGGAAAGUGGCCCGCCGACCUUGAGUUUUAGGUCCAAGAAAAAAGAACAGCCGCAGCCGAAACCUGAAUUGGACCUAUCCGGCGCGCUUCCCUCGACAGACGACUUUCGGACUAGCCUGCUCAUGCCCAAGCUGUCUGCUCGGUUCAGUAUGCUAAGAGAACAGGACGACCCGGACUCCAAACUCGGCAAGGCGAGCGAUGACAGUGUCCUCUUUCCCAAACGCGCCUCACGACUCAACCUGUUCGGUCACAACCCCAGCGUGUUGGCAGAUAUCGAUGAAGUGUCCUCGAACGACGGCAGCCGACCCUCGAUCGCAUUGGGCCGCGCCGAUUCCUAUGCGUCCGGCGGGGAGGGAUAUGGCACCGACGAUGACCGAUCCCCCAACGAUAGCAUUAUGAGCCGAGCGCGUCGCGCCGAGGGCAACAACUUGUUCGGUGGUCGUCAGAAAGUGUAUAAGAUCCCCGUUCGAUCCCCAGGGACAUCGCCUCAUCCGACCGAAAAUAGCCGUCGGGGAAUCAAGGCAGUGUAUGAGAACGAUGUAAAACUGGGGCCCGCUCGGGAAUCGGAAGAUGCCACUUCGUCUGUCUCGUCCACGAACCGCACCACCUAUUCCUCGACUGCAUCGGGCCCUGCGACCGAUGCCCGCACUUCGACUGCUGCUACCUCCAUCGAUGAAACGCAAGCUAAUGCACCCCAUGCGGAAUCCCCUUCGAACCCAACCCCCGAGCCCCAAGCCGAGGCUUCCAAGCCACUCACUCCCGCGGUUAACUCGAAGCAAGGGUCCGUUCGGUCCCGCCGCCUCUACAAUCAAGGAUUGAACCAAGCUGUUCAAAACCAGCAGUCCUCGACUUUACACCGGUUGGAGAGUCUGGGUCGUCAGCGCGCUGGGACACCGGAUCUCCCUCCUUUGAACCGGAAUUAUUCCAGGAGCGCAACCAACCUGCGUGACCGGUUACAAAAGCUUGCCAUUGCCGAGCCAGCAUCUACAUCUCGUCCCACUAGCCCUCCCUCGUCUUCGACCUCACCAAAGCAGCGAACAUUUGUGGGGUUGACCAAGGAAAAGAACUCUCCCACGGCUGCGACUUUCGGAUCUGUGCCUCCAAUUAGCCCCCCUUCAAGUGAAACUGGCGAUAGUACCUCAUUGCUGGCGGCCGCGCUGAACCCGGAAGACUAUGGCAAGGCGACAGCCAUGGGCCUGUUCAACAGGCCUGCCACGGGAUUCGAUGAACAGCAAUUCUCUCGGCGCCAGCAACAAAUGCAGCAGCAAAUGCAGCAACAGAUGUUACAAGGACGAAAGACGCCCCCAUUGCGCCGGUCCUCGCCUCCGCGGCGUGCACUGCCACCGGAUCCCCCGAACCGCCCCAGGGGCUUCUCCAAGUCCAGUGUCCGGUCCCGAGCAGAGUCGGCUUCAUCGCACUACAGCAGUGAUGUGCAGCGCGGAGUUGACCAUUCUCGGGCGUCCAGCGUCGAGGCCUCUCCCGGAAGACCUGGAGUAAGUGCCUUGUAUGCCAACUCCACCGCAAGCGACUCGGGGGAUGAGGGUGACGAGACAAACUCCCGUCAUGUCUCGUCUGCGACAUCUCUAGCCACGGAGUAUGGCCAAACGCUUCACCAUUCCGGUGUGGGGUCCAAGUCACCCACUUCCACUGGAGACCAUCUUGAAACUCUCCCGGAAGUGCGAUACUCAGACCUCGGUGAUCUCAAGCCUAUUGAGGAGAACGAAGGCGCAGAUGGCAAUGCUCCUGUGACCGAGAACGGCGGACCCGAUCAACAAAGGCCAGACUCGUCCGUUUUGCAGGCGCCUGCUCCGGAGCUUAGUGGGAUGGUUCGGUCUCAACUGCGUCGCAUCAGUGACCGAUCCGUGCCCCCUCUUUCCCCACGCUUCCCAGUGCCUCGGGAGGAUUCGCCCUGGGACACCUUGAAUCCACAAGCAUCACAACAAACUACUGGUAAUCAAGUUGCUGAAGAGUCACGCGACGGGGCCGUGUCGCCUCCCGCUGUGGCGCCCAGCUCCAGACCUUCCCCGGAGACUGCUCGUGUCAGUGGAGACUCGUCUGACGCCCCCGUUUCGCCUGUUUCACCCAUGUCUAGCUCGACCCUGAACGGCACGUCGUGGAAGGAUGAGCUCUCUCUCCACCGACGCGACGCAAGCACCGAGACACAGAAGGAGCGCGAAGACUUUGCCACUGAACUGGCGGAGAGGCGGAGAAAGGUGCAGGAGAAACUGAAAAACGUCGCAGAGACUGAAAGCCGGUCAAGCAGUCCCAUUUCUGGCCGACAGACACCGGAGCCAUCUCACAUUAAGACCGGGAACGCGUUUGCUCUCCUGAAACAGAAGUCCAGCAAACCGAACCCCUUGCGACAAGACCAAAGCCCAAAGAUGUUUGGUGCUAGCAAUGGCUCCACUCCUCUCCUGUCGGAUGAGUCGUGGCGUGAGGAGGAACGGCCCCCUUUCAGCUUUGGCAGAUAUUCCAACUCCAGCUCUCCACAUGUUGGAUCGGAGCGAUCAUUCCGAUCUCGUGUGCCUACCACCAGUCGCGGGAGCCACGAGGAAUCGAGUGAGUCGAGUCGCAGCCGUGGGCCUUCUCCCCAGCCACCAUUCCGUUCCCAGCGAGACCGCUCCGCCUCGGAUGCAUCUGGUCGGUCCAAGAGCCGGCCCAGAUACCCCCAACGAGACGAUCUUGGAACCGUGCAAGAAGGAGCCGUCAUCGACCACGAAAACUUCGUUGCGCCGGACAACUUCGAACACCCGGCCCCUGCCUCCGUUCCUGUUUCAACUCGUCCAUCAAUGGAGGAGCCUGCCGGAUAUGACCGAUCCCCGUCCGCGGCUUCUGGCCGGUACCGCAGUGCCAGCAGGUCCGGCACCCCGAGCUUCCAGUACGAGCGGUCUUUCCAGCUUCCCCAACAGUCCAACCAGCCGGCAAUUAUUGGGGCUGCCCCACGGCCCUCGCCCGCCGCUCCUCCCUACUCUGCCAACGCGACUCCCCCACUGCAUGAGAUGUCUCCCAACCAAUCUGGAUCUGCAUCCCCUAGUUCAGCCGCUGGCGGCGCCCAUACUCUUCCUCAACGUGCCCCCGGGCACGCCAUGCUCCAGAAGCGUUCGGUGAGCAAGAAGCAGAUCUCCGAGCCCACCUUUGUAUCCUGCACUUCCAACGUACCCACUAUUGGACUUCCCUCGGGUGCGCCCCCUUCUCAAGCCGGUGCACCCCCUCCCUUGCCUCCCAUGAACCCGCGCCGCCGUCGCGGGACCACCACCCAGACCAUCCUGGGUGCUUUCAAAGGCGACAGACAUGACUCGCACCGCGUCGCCUCCCCGGCACAGAAUGCCGCCGAGGAACACAGUGUUUUCCCGGACGAUGAGAAGCGACCUCGUUCUCGCAAUCGUCUCCGCAAGACCUCGAGCGAGGGCGGCAGCCUGAACGCGCGGGCGCGCCAGGAGGCCAUGGCUGACCCUGUCCCAGCUGUCCCUCAAUACCCUCCCCCUGCCGUCCCGGUUGAUGGCGGCAUGUUUUGA